GGCGGCGCGGCCCCGCCACCACCGGCCCCGCCGCCGCCGCCGCGCCAUGCCGGCCGCCCGCGCCGACUACCUGGCGCCCUGGUGGGCGGCCUGGCUGCACGGGCUGCCGCACCGCGGCCUGCGCCUCCAGCCCGUGCCCGCCGCCUUCCGACCGCGCGACCCCGAGUACCAGCAGUCGCUGCUCUUCCUGGGCUUGGUGGCCGCCGUCUGCCUCGGCCUCAACCUCCUCUUCCUCACCGUCUACCUGAUCUGCCUGUGCUGCUGCAAGCGGGAUGCGGAGCCGGAGAGCAAGCGGCCCGGCUCCUGCUGCGUCACCUGGACGGCCGUGGUCGCCGGGCUCGUCUGCUGCGCGGCCGUCGGCGCCGGCUUCUACGGGAACAGCGAGACCAACGACGGCGUGUACCAGCUGCUCUACGCCCUCGGCAACGCCAACCGCACCCUCACCGGCAUCGACGCCCUGGUCGCCGGCACCACGCUGCAGAUGGGGGCGAGCCUGGAGCAGCCGCUGGCGCGGCUGAACGAGAUGCUGGCGGCGCGGGGCGACUUCGUGCAGAGCCUCAAGCUGGUGCGGCAGCUGGCCGGCGGCGUGGUGCUGCAGCUCGCGGGGCUGCCGGCCCGGCACAGCGCCAGCGCCAACCUCACCCUGCUCGCCGGGCGCGUCGCCUACGCCGAGUACUACCGGUGGCUGGCCUACCUGCUCUUCUUCAUCCUCGUCCUCACCGUCUGCCUGCUGGGCUGCCUGGGGCUGGCCAAGCGCUCCCGGUGCCUCCUCACCACGAUGCUGUGCUGCGGGCUCCUGACGCUGCUCCUCAGCUGGGCCUCCGUGGCCGUGGACGCGGCGGCGGCGGUGGGCACCAGCGACUUCUGCGUGGCCCCGGACAAGUUCGUCAUGAACCUGACGGAGAACGACAUCAGCGCGGAGGUGGUUCACUACUACCUGUACUGCGACCAGAGCCGGAGCAGCCCCUUCCAGCAGGCGCUGACCGUCUUCCAGCGCUCGCUCACCACCAUGCAGAUCCAGGUCCAGGGCCUGGUGCAGUUCGCGCUGCCCCUCUUCCCGAUGGCCGAGAAAGACCUGCUGGAGGUCCAGCAGCUCCUCAACGCCUCGGAGACCAGCCUGCACCAGCUCACGGCCCUGCUGGACUGCCGGGGCUUGCACAAGGACUACCUGGACGCCCUCAUCGGCAUCUGCUACGACGGGGUGGAGGGCUUGCUCUACCUCCUGCUCUUCUCCCUGCUGCUGGCCGCCUCCUUCUCCACCAUCAUCUGCGCCGCUCCGCGCGCCUGGAAGCACCUGGCUGCCAGGGACCGCGACUACGACGACAUGGACGAGGAGGACCCCUUCAACCCGCAGGCGCGCCGCAUGGCCGCCCACGCGCCGGCCCGCGGGCAGCUCCGCAGCUUCUGCAGCUACAGCAGCAGCCUGGGCAGCCAGAGCAGCCUGCACCCGCCCGCCCAGGCCAUCUCCAACGCCCCCGUCGCCGAGUACAUGAACCAAGCCGCGCUCUUCGGCGGAAACCCGCGCUACGAGAACGUGCCCCUCAUCGGCCGAGGCUCUCCCCCCCCUACGUACUCCCCGAGCAUGCGGGCCACCUACCUCUCCGUCACCGAUGAGCACGUGCGGCACUGCAACGCCGAGUUCCCGGCCUAGGGCGCCCGCCCCGAGCCGCUCGCGGGAGGAGAAAAGGCCACCGGCGUUUCUGUAACGGAAACCAGAGACAGCUUGGGAAGCGGGCGGCAGCAGCUCUCCCGGUGGGAAGAGCGGGGCCCGGAGCCGACGGGGAGCCCCAGCGUCCUCCUCUCUCGGCAGCUCGUGCUCGCUCUGGAGUCUUCCUCUCCGAAGUGCAGCUGGGGCCUUUUCCCCCCGGACUAACAGUGAUCCCGCGUCUCUCGCGGGCGCCCGCCCAGGGCCCUGCUCUUCCCCGCGGCGCGGGGGGCCCGGCCGCCCCUUCGCCCCCGUAGCAAUGCAAUACCAACCACUAGUGACUCCCCCCGCGGUGGCGGGCGCCGGCGGCUUUCGGUACGGUUGUUUUGGCCUUGCUGGUUUUCCUUUGCUUUGCUUCUGGGUUUCACCACUGAAGAGCAGAGGCACAGUUCGACUUCCCGCCUCGGCUCGGAGCUGAUUUUGCUGUAAUGCAUGCUUGUAACGGGCGAUUUUUCGGUACCUCCACUCCCGGGGGCCGGUGUGGGAAGCCCCGAGGAAGCCGCGUGCCCGGGGGGAGCCCUGGGGCAGGCCAGGCCGGGCCGGGCGGGAGGCGAACGGUGCCGGGGCCGGCGCAGAGCCGAGGCCUGCUGCGGGCCGUGCUGCUCCAUCGCAGUGACUCACUGUGUCUUUUAAAGAUAACUUGUACAUACCCUUCUGUCCCGUAACACCAUUCGCCCGUGUCAGGUGCGACUAGCGUUACCUGCUGUUGGAAACCUCCUGGAGACUCGAGGUUUGGAUUUUUUUUUUCUUUUUUUUGGCUUUUAAUGUUUUAACGGUACUGGUAGAAGAGCUGUUUUUAAACGCAUGUGAACUAACCUCAUUAGGGCUCCCGGGCGGAGGAGCGGGAGUCCGGCCUGAUUUGUAUGUGCCCUCAGGGGAGAAGACAAUAAACACUUGUACUAAACU